GCGUCGUUCAAAUCCUUCGGCAACCGAGUAUAGAUAUCUGAUCUGAACACCUCAUUCUUAGUGCAACACUCUCAGUAAACCUGUGGCCACUCUCUACGAUGCUUUCAUAGAGAUGGAGGACAUUCGGAAAAGCCAUGUUGAGAUCUUCGAUGAAUUCAAAACCAUGGAGGACAAAAUCGCAUUCGAUUCUGAACUAUUCGCACAGCGCUACUUCGCACCAAGCGGAAUACCCGAUCCAGCCAUUACUCCCGCGCCAAUGUCACUUCGCAACCUUACUAGCGAUACUAGGUAUCUACUGGACCGCCUCGAAGCGAUCGACGGUCUUGUAUGCAGAGUGAUUGAUGUAAACGAUACCACUUACUGGGCCAUUCUUGGUGGGACCACCAAGCUGUCGACGACGCAGUGCGUUCAGCCAGGGAGUUAUUGAAAGAGGAAUCCGAUAAAGCGAUAGCCGACGGCGCUUUCGACGUACUCGCGAGCGAGAUGCAGAAGCAUCACAAAUAUGUCUUCAGAAACCUCACGCCACCAGAAAUCGACUACCGCAUUGAUGGAAAGGAAUUUUUAGUCAAACCGGAAGCGACUCAGAUGCGGCUCGAGGAUGCCCUUGGCAACUUCCUCGUGCAGGGCAUCAUGAUAGAAAAGGAGUAUGCAUCUGUGGACCCGACGGUUUUUGAACUCAACAUCAGACCGUUCUCGUCUCCAGUUGAGGAUAAUGGCCUGUUGGUUGGGGAUAUGAGGUUCGGCGAGUUCGAAGGGACCACAAUCCUCUCUUUCUCCUACGAUCGGAUGGCGAUUGUCCAGUCAAGGCAUGUGACGCAGUCAGUGGGGUUUGAAAUGGUAGACGGUCUCGAUACUAUGUGGAAGAGCUUGUCUUUGUUCAAGAAUUUUUCCAAAGGCGACACGGACGAGGUAAUUCGGGAGGCGGUCAAGGCUGUGAAAAGACCAGAUGACUUUGGGGAGCCACGGCAGAACUGGCAACUGCCAAAACUGCGCAAACCAAAUCCGUGGUUUCCACACAGUGGCGCUCGGCGGCUUUACUUCUGCGCGGAGGGCUGGAAUGACGCUAAGGACAGCGUCAUGGAGUUCAAGAAAGGAGUCAUCGACUUCAACCAGUCUUGCACCCGGUUUAAAGGCGUCAUCACAAUGUUUGAAAACAAUGAACUAUUCAAAUUGAAGGGCUUCAAGGUAGAAGACUACUCGCCAACGCAGUGGAAUGACGUUGAGGGGGGAUUCGAGGAUGACGAGGACAUGGAUUCGUGGACGACUGAACAGUCGUCGUCUAUAUCGGGAGACUCGCCUGCGUCGGGAGACUCGCCUGCGUCGGGAGACUCGCCUGCGUCGGGAGACUCAUCUUCAGAGUCUAGGGAGUCAUCUUCAAACAUCGACAUGACCUAAGGGGCUUGCAGGUUUCAAGUACCAAUGAGGAGAGCUGGAUUAUGAACCAUUUUGCUUUGCUGAAUGCAUUCCAU